CCACCUAUUAUUUAGAAGCCCUUGCCUGUGUCUGAAGAGCAGCUGUUGUCUUUAUCGUCAUCAUCAUCAUCAACUCCUGAGGAAUCAUAAUGAAAAUUACUCAGUUCCUUUUGCUGUGCAUCCUUGGAGCUACCUUGUUGUCUGCAGUUAACUGCAACAAUGCAAAUGGUCCCGACAACUGCUGUUUCAAGUUGUACCCGGGAAGAAUUAAAGCAAACCUCAUCAAGUCGUAUCAACUGACUGAUGACCGAUGCCCAAAGUCUGCCGUCAUCUUCAUCACCAAAAAGUCUCGUUCAGUAUGUGUGGAUGCGUCUGCCUCCUGGACCCAACGCAUCAUGAAAAGGCUGGACCAGAGCUCUUUCGUGUACUUAUACUGCAUUGGCAGUGUAUCUGGGAUCAUUGUGAAAAUUGAAGCCACUUGCCAGUUAAACACUUUCCACAUGGAAUGGCUUCUUGACGGCUUCACUUCCAUUGAGAUCAUUUCUGAUGAUGCUUUGGUGAGCAGAAUUGCUCGAUUUAAAAACCCACAAACAGCCACAGAGCGAGACGAAGUUAUUUUAAAAUAUCUGAGGGCUGCUGUGCAUCCUUUAGCAUGUCUUUAUUGCACACCAUCCGUUGCUGUGCUCACAGUGCACAGGUGCAUGUGCAGUACAGCAGCACACAGAAACAUGCAGUGGACUCAUAUUAUUUUAGCUCUACUGAACAUCAUGUGGAUUGCUUUCUUUUUACCUCCAGAUCUUGUCCCAAUGAUUGUGAAAAGAAGAAGCACCAGCAUCUCUGAUGAGGAAAUCCUGUUGAGAGAGUUUUGUAUUCAGCCUCCACCUGACAUAAACUGGACAUCAAGUGUACCAGCAGUCUACAUCCCUGAUAAUAAAACCAACUCCACCAACACAACCUUAAAAAGAGACCUGGAUGAGACAACAGCAACUACUCCUGUAGUGGAGCUGAAGGUCCCAGGAGUCACCACACCCUCAGAAACAGUUUCUCACAGCAGCUCUGCAGCUCCUCAUGUUAGGGUGAAACAACAACCGAAUUCUCCUUUCCAAGUAGAAUAUCUUCCCGGUGUUGUUGCAAAUGGCCCCGACAACUGCUGCUACAAGUUUUACCCAAGAAGAAUUAGAGCAAGCCUUGUGGAGUCGUAUCAACUGACUGAUCACCGAUGCCCAAAGCCUGCCGCCGUCUUCGUUACCAAAAAAGGUCGUUCAGUCUGUAUGGAUCCGUCUCUCUCCUGGGUCAAAAGCAUCAUGAAAACGCUGGACGAGAGCUCAUUUUAAACCAGCUGCCUGCUCAUCAUUUCACUUUGUUCUGCUUUAUCUGAUAAUAUCAUAUCCAAUGUGCCUUUAUGAUUUUUGUAAUUAGUGCAACUCUGUCUCAACUGAUCCAAAGCUAGUUAUUAGCCUGAAACAAUCCACUGAAAAGUCCUUUGAUUGUAUAAUGUCUCUCUGCUUUGUGUUAUGUGUUAUCCUCCAAAAUAAACACCACAAAAAUACAAGAGUGUGA